AUGAUGCUUAAACGACGCAUUCAGGACUUGACUGUGUGUUUCACUUACAACUUUUCUUGUCUACAUCCCCAUCGUAAGUAGAUGCAUGUAAUUGCCCUGUGGCAUGGCGUAUUUUACCGGAUAUUUUUUAUGUUGAAUGUAAAAAAACUAUGCUUUAUGCAGAAAAAUUUUUUUAUUUUUCACGUUUUAGCGCGCAAUCAAAUAAGGACAGUUUUUGCACUGUGCGAGGACAAAAAUAGUCUAAAAUCGGACUUGCCCGGGGUUCUGGGUUAUUUUUUCUUCCUCGUGCUGAUUUUUUCUUUACGUUUCAACGUUCUCCAAUGUAUCGAAAAUCGAAAAUUUUUCAGAUUCCCACUUUGCGAAGGAAAAAUGAUUUUCGCACUGUGCGAAUGUAAAAAUAGGCUAAAAUUUGUCUUGCACUGUGCAAAUUUGUUUUUUUUUGCACCUCGUAGAAGCCAUUUUAACUGUGUAGCUAUGAAUUAAUAUGACCUUUUUUACAACGCUUACUUCUCGCACUGUGCAGAAAGAUUUAAUUUUUGCACUGUGCGACGCAAAAAAUAGGCUAAAAUUUGUCUUGCACGGUGCAAAUUUGUUUUUUUUGCAUCUCGCAAGAGCUAUUUGAUAUUUGUAGCUAUAAAUUAAUAUGCUCUUCUUUACAACGCUUACUUUUCGCGCUGUACAAAGAAAUUUAAUUUUUGCACAGUGCGGCGCAAAAAAUAGGCUAAAAUUUGCCUUGCACGGUGCAUUAUGGUCCAGAGUUUUGCACAGUGCAAUUUUUUCAAAAAUUUAAAACUCAUAAAAUCUAAAUCAAAACCAAUUUCAGAACGUGGUAACAAAGAGUUCCGCACGAAAUACGAGCUAUGCGAAGAGAUCCAGCGCGGCGGAUUCGGGAUUGUAUACAAGGCAUAUCGAGUGCGUGAUCGACUACCGGUCGCCGUCAAAUAUGUAGAGCACAAACAUGUGAGAGACUGGACUAUGGUGAGUCACAUAUUCGUAUGAUUACGAGCCUGUUUUCAGUGUGAAAACCAGCUGAUUCCGACGGAAAUCUGCCAUCUGGACAUGUGCAGUCGGAUCAGCGGGGUGGUCAAUCUGGUGGAUUGGUUUGCGAGGUAUGGGGGUUGUGAGGAAUGAUAUUUGAAAUGAAAGAGACUCAAACUUUGAGUCCGAUUUUUGGAAACAAGUUCAUUUGUGUUCAAAAAAAAUUUUGACUUAAAAAAACCAUAAUUUCAGUCACAAAAAAAACUGAAAAAAACGAAAAAUUACAUGCUUCAGAUCCUCUUUGUCACACAAAAAUUUAAAAAAAUAAUAUUCCGAAUAUUUAUAAAAUUCUUUGCACUGUGCAAAAAAUUGUUCUUACUGCACAGUGCAAGCCAAAUUUUAGUCUAUUUUUGGCUCCGCACGGUGCAGAAGUCGGCCUUUUUUGCACUGUGCAAAAAAAUUAAAAAAAAAAAUUUUUUUGAUAACCUCUCCAAAUCUGUUCCAAGCAACCUCACCAUAAAAUAUAUUUUCAGUAGCAAAGGUUUUAUGAUAAUCAUGGAGCGGCCGGAACAUUGUCUCGAUCUCUUCGAUGUUCUCCAUGUUUACGGAAGAUUGGAUGAAGAGAUUUCCAAGUGGAUUUUUGUGCAGGUUGUGGAUGCGGUUUUGCAAAUGCGGAAUGAUCACGAUUUGGUUCAUCGAGAUAUAAAAGAUGAGAACGUCAUCAUAAACAUGGAUACCGGAGAAAUAAAAUUGGUCGACUUUGGAGCCGCCGAUUUUUUGAAUAGUGCUGAGAAAAAGGAGUUUCAAGGUGAGAAAAUGGAAUUUUGCAUAUGUUUAGGGCACAAUAUACUGUGAUUGACAUAACUUAUAUUAUACUUGACAUCAGAUAUAUUACUUAUAGCAAGACUGAUAUCAAACUCAAUUUUUGAGAUUUUGAACUAUCUUAACACAAAUUAAUCGCCUUGUUCUUUCAGGAACUCGCUCAUAUUGCCCUCCGGAAUGGUUUAAGCACAAGAAAUACAUGCCAUUAGAAGCCACUACAUGGUCAUUAGGAGUCCUACUGUAUAUAUUGGUUACGGGUCAAAUACCAUUCAAGAACGAAAUACAAACAUGCCUGGGGCGUCUGCACUUCCCCGAUUAUGUCUCUGAUAGUAAGUUUCAAAAUUGCAAAAAAAAAAAAAUAUUUUUUUCAUUUUUUUGCACCGUGCAAAGAAGUCUUAAUUUUGCACUGUGCAGCGUCGAAAAUAGGCCAAAAAUGGGCUUGCACGGUGCAGAAAGUCAAAUUUUUUGCACCGUGCAAAACCCAAAAAACAUUUUUUCCUACAAGUUGUGAUAAAAAAGAUUCUUUAAAUUUUCUUUCAGGUUGCUCAGCUUUAAUUCGGAAAUGUCUAAAUGUAACGCCAAAACGCCGGUUUACACUCAGCGAAAUCCGUCAGCACGCUUGGAUGUCGGGUGCGUCUCUUCAUUACGCGGGUACCUUCCAUCAACUGUUGAAGCACAGAGCGAUAAAACAGGGUACUUGGAAGAAGCGGAGGAAUUCGAUUGGUGGAUUCGAAGACGAUGGUGACACCUCGGACGACUCGGACUUGGAAUGCGCGCAUCGGUCGAGAUUCGGAAAUAAUUGUGAUCCUCAACGGUCGAGGGCGCUGGUGGUUCCUCAGGAAGCGAUUGAUCGUGCCAAAAUGAUACAGGAACAACGGGCUUCAGCGGUACGUUUUAUGGAAAAUAUUUGAAAAAAUAUUUUUUUGCACAGUGCAAAGAAGCGUGAUUUUUGCACUGUGCAAAGCAUAAAAUAGGCUAAAAUUGUCGUUGCACGGUGCAAUGAGAGGGAUUUUUUGCACAGUGCAGAAUUUUUGAUGACUAAAAAAUUUCAUAGUGAGAAAACCAAGCAUUUUUAUAGUGUAAACCAAUAGUAAUUACGUAGUAAUUACGUACCAGGCCAUUUUUUGGGACCUUUAAUUUACAAUUUUUGGCAAUUUUGGUCCUAAAAUCAUAUUCUAAUAUUCAUAUCUACUUAUUUCAGAGUCCAAAUCUUUGUCGGACCCCUCCCUCAUCCCGUCCGCCAACCGUCCUCAAUACUCGACUCGAAGAUUUUGAUAAAAAAUCGCUCGAUAAAUUCGAAACAGCCCGCGAUGAGGUCUUCCACACUGCCAGAGAAGCGCAGAUCCUCCAAGAAUUUGUCGAAAUGUAUGCUGAACCGCCACCCCGAAAAAACUCGAAUUAUCGGCCGUCGCUGCAAGAGAUCAAAGACCGAUAUAGCAACAAGAAAAUGGCUGCAACACAAUCGACGGACAGCUUUAUCGAUGUUUUCAAGUCGGUCUCUAGCGAAUUCCAGUCACUUCACACAUCGUCUGUUACGAGUUCAAGAGCAAGGCAAGUGGGGUUUAGGGGUCUGAAGGGUGAUUUUAAUGCGGUAAAAUCUUUAUACAAGAGAAUUCGGGAAAAAAAAUUUUUUUGCCGCUUCAAUUUUUUUUUGAAUUUUUAUUGUAAUUUUUGGAAAAUUUCGAAGAAUUUGCACGCUGAAUCUCAAAUAACACAUUCCAUAAAUUUUUUUUUAAUUUUAAACUUAUGCACGGUGCAAAAAAUACGACAUGUCGCACCGUGCAACGCCGAUUUUAGCCUAUUUUUGAGGUCGCACAGUGCAAAAUUUAGGUUUCUUUGCACAGUGCGAACAUAAUUUGAUGAUAAUUUUUUUCAAUAUUGCAGAUAUCCAAUCCAAAAAUAAUUUCUUUCAUAUUUUAGACAGCCCUCAAUCUACGAAUCAGUCACCUCUUCCCAACGUUACGGCGGCUCCGUUCUCGACGACUGCAGCUCAUUCUCAUCAGCCUUGUACUUCUCCGCACACGAAGAAGACGAUGAAGAAGACGAGUUCGCCAAAGAUCCCGUCUACAACAGUCGACCGAAACUCGCCGACCUCGGGCAAUACGAAAAAUCGUUGCGUUCUUUGAUGAUGGCGACAUCUUUUGAUGAUGCGUUGGAGACAGGUGACCUGAUCCUGGAUAUUCCACCGGAUCAAGUUUCAUUGCAUGCGGAUUCGUUAUCCGACGACACGGACACAGAAUUGGUGGAUAGCUAUAUUCGAAGUGAUGUCUGUAGCCCGAUUGAAGACGAUACCGCGCUUCCGCCAACACAGUCGCCCAAGCCGAAGAGAAGUCUUCAAAGUCAGAAGACAGUGACGAGAGUUCAGAAAAUUUUCAGUGGAAUCCGAAGAGCGAGGAGUUUGAAAGUGCCGUUUAGGUAAGUGGGACAGCCCUAGAAAUCAAAAUUCUAUUUUUUCAAAAAAAAUUUUAUUUCUAAAUUUUGCACUGUGCAAAAAAUCCCUCCCAUUGCACCGUGCAAGGGCAAUUUUAGCCUAUUUUGUGCUUUGCACGGUGCGAAAAUUAGGUUUCUUUGCACAGUGCUGACAAAAAUAAAUAUCAGUUUGUCGGGAAAAUAAUGUGGAUUUUCUACAUUAAAAUUCUGUCUCGCCUUAUCGCAGUCGUGCAAUAAAUCUCCAGCCUUGGCACGCUAUCGCAAAGCUAUGUUGGUAAAUUUCAUGGCGCGACAAAUCCACAUUAUUUUCCCGACAGACUCAUACAAAGUAGAAAAUAAUAAGUUUUAUGAAAAAACCUGUGCAUAGCAAUCUUUUUUCGAAGGAUUUAGAAAGUUACUUUAGGCUAAAAUGAAAAAUUAUUUUUGGUCCUCUGGGUCAAGAAUUCAAGCCGCGACAGGUUUUAAAAUUAUAGUAAACUAUAUAUGUCUUAAUUUAUAUCCCUUCAGAUCCGAAAAGAAACGAAAAGACUCCGCCGAUGGCUCGUCUCUCAACGCCGUCAAACGUCUCUGCUCCAAGAGCUACGACACUCUUUUUGCCCUUUCCUCGGCAAUGUCCGGAAAAUCCGAAUCUCUCCCUCGUCUACAAUUCAGCUCCGUUAAACCGACUGCAUCCCCAUCCAUGCCUCAUAUAGCGAAUAUCUCGGUCAGGAAGAGUUCGUUGAAGAAUAACUCGCUAAAAGCCACGCUAACGCCGGAGAUGAGCAAAUCGAAGACAAGCGAAGAGAUAGGUAAACGAUCGCCCUCAGUCCGACGGCGAAUCUCAUCGAUAAGACGGAGAUUUGGCUCAGCGAAGCCGAAAAAUAGCGCGCUUCAAGCGGAGACGAUGCGUUUUCCGUUGGCAGUUUUUGACGUCUGUUCCCAGCAAAUGCCGAUGCUGGAAGCUACUCAGAAUGACUUUUGA